GGCUGCCGGCGCCUAGGCCGCCGCGGUGACCCCGCCCCCGGGCCGAGGAUGUGAGGCGGGCCAGCAGUCCCCGCUGCGGGCCCGGGCGCCGGCCGUGGGCGUCUGGGCAGCGCAGGACGAUGGCCACGCCGCUGCUGUGGGCCCUGGGCCCGUGAGGGGCCGGGCGCGCGCGGACGGGCGGCCUGGGCGCCCCGCGGGAGCCAUGGAGGGCGUGCUGUACAAAUGGACCAACUAUCUGAGUGGUUGGCAGCCUCGAUGGUUUCUUCUCUGUGGGGGGAUACUAUCCUAUUACGAUUCUCCUGAAGAUGCCUGGAAAGGUUGCAAAGGGAGCAUCCAGAUGGCAGUCUGUGAGAUUCAAGUUCAUUCUGUAGAUAACACUCGUAUGGACCUGAUAAUUCCUGGGGAACAGUGUUUCUACUUAAAGGCCAGAAGUGUGGCAGAGAGACAGCGGUGGUUGGUGGCCCUGGGGUCUGCCAAAGCCUGUCUGACAGAUAGUAGAACCCAGAAGGAAAAAGAAUUUGCUGAAAACACUGAAAACUUGAAAACCAAAAUGUCAGAACUAAGACUCUAUUGUGACCUCCUUGUUCAACAAGUAGAUAAAACAAAAGAAGUGACCACAGCUGGUGUUGCUAAUUCUGAGGAGGCAAUUGAUGUGGGAACUCUGCUGAAAUCAACCUGCAAUACUUUUCUGAAGACCUUGGAUGAAUGCAUGCAGAUUGCAAAUGCAGCCUUCACCUCCGAGCUGCUCUACCGCACUCCACCAGGAUCUCCACAGCUGGCCGUGCUUAAGUCCAACAAGACAAAACAUCCUGUUGUACCAAUUCAUAAUUCAUUGGAAAGGCAAAUGGAUUUGAACAAUUGUGAAAAUGGAUCUUUAAAUAUGGAAGUAAAUAGUGAUGAAGAAACCGUAAUGAAAAACAAGAGUUCUUUGUAUUCGAAAUCUGCAGAGGUAGAUUGCAGCAUAUCAAGUGAAGAAAAUACAGACAAUAAUGUAACAGUCCAAGGUGAAAUAAUGAAAGAAGAUGGAGAGGAAGACCUGGGAAAUCAUGACAGUGACCUGACACAGCCUGAAUCAGAUUCAGUUUGCUCACCAGAAUCCCUCUGGGAGAACAGUGAAGAAGUUAUCCCGACUUUCUUUAGUACCAUGAAUACCAGCUUUAGUGACAUUGAACUGCUGGAAGAUAGCGGCAUUCCCACAGAAGCAUUCUUGGCAUCUUGUUAUGCUGUGGUUCCAGUAUUAGACAAACUUGGUCCUACAGUGUUUGCUCCUGUUAAAAUGGAUCUUGUUGGAAAUAUUAAGAAAGUAAAUCAGAAGUAUAUAACCAACAAGGAAGAGUUUACUACCCUUCAGAAAAUAGUGCUGCACGAGGUGGAGGCGGAUGUAGCUCAGGUCAGGAACUCUGCUACUGAAGCCCUCUUGUGGCUGAAGAGAGGUCUCAAAUUUUUAAAGGGAUUUUUGACGGAAGUGAAGAAUGGAGAAAAGGAUAUCCAGACUGCACUGAAUAAUGCAUAUGGCAAAACACUACGGCAACACCAUGGCUGGGUAGUUCGAGGGGUUUUUGCGUUAGCUCUGAGGGCAGCUCCAUCCUAUGAAGAUUUUGUGGCUGCAUUAACCAUAAAGGAAGGUGACCACCAGAAAGAAGCUUUCAGUAUUGGCAUGCAGAGGGACCUCAGCCUUUAUCUCCCUGCCAUGGAAAAGCAGCUGGCCAUACUGGACACUUUAUACGAGAUCCAUGGGCUGGAGUCUGAUGAGGUGGUGUGAUGACUACAGGACAGCACCUCCUAACUUCAGGGAAUAAAGUUUGCUAAAGUGUUGUGUUGCCCUAGUUACUUUCCAGCAACAAUUUCACCCCACUCUAACCCCUUUUCUUGGGGAAUGGACAGGAAGAAUGAAACGUAGUGCUUUUAUAUCUAAUUUUUUUAAUGCAUAUGUAUUUCAUGUAUUUAAAACUCAAGGUGCUAUAUAUUUCAUUUCAAUGAGCCUACUGAAAACCAAAUCAUAGAUGUUACAGUCUUUAGUAGCAAGUAAUAAGAGAAAAUUUGGCAGAUGAAUUGUUGGUAUUGUUUUUUAUUGUUCUGAUUAUUAGUUUUACUAGGCCCCCCAAACCCAAGCUGUAUCAAGGACUAUGUAAUACAUAGACCAUAUUAUUUAAAACAGCUUAGAAUUGGACCAAACACUGGAGGGAGUAUAAACGCCUUUGUUGAAGUAAUUAUUCUAUAAGAGUUCAUUUUCCUAGACUUUCUUCAGUGGGUCCCCCCUUCUCUGUAGCUCUGCUGGUGAGGAAGGUUGUAUAGUGAAGAGGCUUGAGCAUUGGUGUGAACAAGGACUGCCAUCUGUUGACAGAUGGGAUACUGGCUGAAAGAGAUGAGUGGUGUGACCCACCCUGUACUGAAGGAUACGAUAGAAAGGUGAAGUCAUUUAAGAUGACACAUGCCAUCUUUUGCCAGCAUAUUUCAUGUGAAUUAUCUGAAUUAGACAUCACAGCAAAACUGACACUCAAGGGGACUUUUAUCCUACUUCAGAAGUAAAGUUUAGAGGUAGGAAGAUCUGCUCAUACUCAUGGAGUUUCUUUGGGGUUUUUUUUGUUUUGUUUUUGUAUUGUUUUGUUUUGGUGUCUUGCUAUGUAACUCAGGCUGAUCUCAAACUCAUGAUCCUCCACCUCCUGAGUACUGGAAUUAGAGGCACAUACUGUCAAGCCUGGCUUCAUGUAUUCUCUUCAACAGAGGAGCCAGGUGGCUUCCAAGUGUGAGCUAAAUCACCUCUGUAUCAAAGAAACAUGAAGUACUUUUUCAAAGAACAGAUUCCUAGGAUUUGCUUAAAGAGCCCAGAUCUGGAGGUGUGAUUUAAGAAUUUACCUGUUAAACUUCCCAAGUGACACUUAAGUACACAAAGUUGAAGAAUCACUCAAUUAAAUCCUGGUUUUCAAAAUUCCCAGUCUUCUGCAAGAAUUAAAUGAUAUAUUCCUAUUUUUCAAGAAAGAAGAGGCCCUCAUUCAAGUAAAGUAAUUAAAUAGAGAGUGAGAAGUACAGCAACAAAUUCAAGUAGAGCAACAAUACAGAACAGCAAAUUCAUUUGUCAGUAGGUAUAUAUUCUUUACAGAGAGUGUUGCUCAGACUGUGGCCCAAGCUACCUAGAGUGUACAUUAAAAAAGAGCCAUGAGUGCCUUCCCCAGUAGAGUCUACUUCCUCCUGGUAACAGGAAGGGAUGUUUCAGCAUAAGCAGUUCUCAUGGUAGAAGGUGAUUCAUUUGACAGACACUGGUAAAUGGAACAGCUCUGUACAAUGCUGUCCCUGCUGCACAUCCCUAGGGCAGGAGACUCUUCUGCUUAGCAGAAGUUUGUGCAGGGAAAGGCACUGAUUUUGCCAUCUAUCUUUAAAAAAAAAAAAAGAACAUUUACUCAAAUUAUUGAAGCAGGAGGGCUGGGCACAUGAUGCAUGUAGUUCAACUACUCAGGAGUCCAAGACAGGAGGAUCACUUGAGCCCAGGAUUUGGAGGCCAACAAGAUCUGGCCUCCAAAAAUAUUUUUUAAAAAACAAAGCAAGCAUUUUGCUUGCACAAGAACUUCUAGAAAAUAAACCUAGAAAAUGGAGAAAGGUACUGAAACGUCAUCUGCAUUAUUUCAGCAUUUGCUGUUGGCAGCUGCUAAGGUGAGCAUGCCACUUUGCUCCCACUCCCACAAGAACUUCAUGUGGGUCUCCUCUGGCUACUGUGACUGUGAGGGCGAGGCAGGGCUUAAUUGGCCUUCCUGCCUUUUACUUCGCCUCCUAAGAGGGAAAAAGAAGAGUCUUUGCUUGUCUCUGAGAGAGGAUGCUUUAGGCCCUGUGCUAUCAGUGGACAAUGCUACAAGGAAAGUGUCAUGCCAAGCAACUAUUGGUGACUUCUGUCACUUUAGGUGACCCCUGUGGUCUCCUAGAAGAGGUCUGUACCCUAGGCUCUGAGUGCAUACAAAAGGAAAGGUGCCCUGCCCAGAUCACAGUUUUAGGUACUAUCUAUGAGUUCACUCAGUUUUUUGAGGAAAGAUUAAUAUCAUCUAGGAUCAGACCAUAUAGCUUGAAUCACUUGAAUAAUUUCCAUUUUUAGACCCACUUUUUCCAAUACUAUGUGAAGAGGGAAUGGUUUAUCAGUAUUUUGCAUAUUUUGCAUAUUGUUUGCCUAAGGUGUGUAAAACUAAGGAUCUUUAAACAACCGGACAUUGAACCUAAAAUUAUACAGUAAAUUCUUGACCUGAACCUUGCCACAGGCAGAGAACUUCCACCUGGAUCAGUAGUUGCUUUUUUAUUUUAGGUAUCUUUCUGAUUUGCAGUUACUUUAUAAGGAAGGAGCAAUGGAAAAGAUCCUUAAAGUGCUCUUCAGAGCCCUUUCAAGAAUUCUAAGACACCUAAGAUGUCUUCACCCUAACACACUCGUGUGUUUGUUGACAGAGUAGUCACCUUGCUCUCAUUGCUAUUUUUCAGAUUCCUUUACUAACACAAUCCUUAGCAAGAAGCUGAAGCAAAGGUAAAUGUGUCUUCCUAGACACUAGGAGAAUUAAGUAGCAUUCUCUGUGCUUAUGAAGCAUUACCCUACUAAGAUUCCAUCAGAUCUGUGCUCCUCUCUACCCUACCCCACCCUGUGGCAGCCCAGCUCUACACUGGCUGGGAUCAGUGUGUGUUUUUUGAACAAUGGCCUUUCAAUCAUGACCAAGUCUUAUGUCCUUUAAAAACCAGUCUGAUUGAUUAUAGCUAAACCCAGUGAAAAAUGAACUAGAGGGAUACCUUUAGGGGUAGAAACCAACUGGUAACUGAGGAGGAAGGGACACAGCUCUGCAGGGAGUUCAGAAGUAUGCUCUGGGAAUGUUAAGUACACAUGCUCUGGGGAAUUGGCUUUGCAGUGUAGCAUUCACUGGAAUAUAUGAAUAGUGACUUAAUAUUAUGUUCAACUCACCCUGAGCAUAAAAGCAUCCCCUGGUGUCAUUCCAUGGUGGGGAACAUCUGAACUCCCUAGUUUAGUCUUGUCAUUUUUCUCUUUUCUCUGCUGUUGGAAAUUGCCAGCAGUGCCCCCAUUCUUAAGCCACAUGUAUCCUCACUUCUAGCUCUUGUGCAUCUUCCUCAGCAGCAGCAGCAGCGGCGGCAAGCCUAGGUACAGCAUCUGUCACCAACCUAAGCAGACUGCUGAACUUCAGACAGAACCCAUGUUCACAUUUGUAGCUGUAAGAGCAAGUGAGUGUCACAAUGCAUGCAUUUGGGAGAGGGGAUCUGGGAUGAGGGAGUGCCAUCGGGAAAGUUUUCUCUCUUCCUUCUUUGGUUAUUGCUUCCAUAAACAUACGAAAAAAGCUAACACUUUCAACUUUAUAUCUUCAGAAUAGUAAUUAUAAUUAAGAAAAAUGUAUAGUAGGGUCAAUAAAUAAAGUACACUUUGUUAAAUUUUAAGUAGGGAAGUGAGCUGAAGUUUUUCCUAAGGAAACUUGGUCCAAUUAUAAAAGUAAUAGACAUGAAGAAAUUUCAGAUAAAGCAAUAGAGAAGUCAAAGGAUUGUGAGCAAUGCAAGGUAAAUACACAGUUUUUAGAAAUUUUGUGGAGGAAAACUUUUUUAUGUAUUUCCUGCCAAACUACUAUGUCCUAUAGGCAUUUGGCUACAUAAUGGUGCAUUUCUGAAUCAUUGAUUCAAACUAAUUGCUUCUGAUUAUAGUCAUAGGUUUACAAGUAGUUCCCCUCCCCCAGCCUCGCAUUUCUUUCUUUUUUUUUUUUUAAGGUCAAAUACAAACCUUUUUUAAAUUUGAAAGUUUUUAGAAGUAGAAUUUCUAAGUAAAAUCUAUAUUAAGCCAUCAUUCUGUUAAAUGAUCUUACAGCUGACUGUAGAGGGCCUUACCUGAAGUUGUUCUGUGAUACUGUAGUCUGUACACAUUUCUGUGUGCAGCAGACCUCCAUCCCUGUGAAAUGUACAGAAAACGCUUUAUUUAGAAAUACGUUCUACUUCUGUAUGACCCUUUGUAACGUGCAAUUGCUUACUCAGGGGUUUCAUAGUAAGGACAUAAUAUUUAUUAGACAUCUAUAGACUGUUUGUCUAUAACAAAGUCAUUAAGAGUCCUUUCAACAGCUCCAUAAGCAUACUCUUCACCAGACCUUCCCCGGAAAUGUUCCCUGUCCCAUCCUGUCUAGUCAGUCAGUAUCCUGUGGACAAUGACCAUUUGCAUGAUUUCUUGUUGCACUGCUGCAUUCAAGCACCCUAGGGCAUGAUUAAAUGGUCAUUGAUGCCUCUCUGGUACAGGUGACACAUGCAUUGAUCUCUCUCUUCUACUGUCUAUAGAUAGUGUUUCCUCAAAGGAAAAAAAUGCCACUGCUCUGCAGUGAAAGUUUUCAAAAUUCUUACAAAUUGGGCCGUUAUGAGUCACUUCUCUUUCAGAGUAAAAAAUGUUUUCUUGCAAGCUAUAUGAAACAAAUCUGCUUGUUUUAAAUGUCUCAUGUAAAGUUUGGUCAGUAUUCCCCCUCCGUACUUUAUGUACACCUGUGGACUGGGUGGUCCCCCCAUUCUGGGAUGGAUAGCCUGAUCUCAUCCACACAGAGACCCUUGUGUGGCUCACUAUUCACAGGUGUAGAUGGAGUCAGUGAUAAGGGUGAUCUAAAUAGCCAAUGAGCCAGCCUCAUGGCAUGUGUAAUGUAUGAUUCCCACAUGUCAUGAGAAUUUCAUUAGAAUGUCAUUAAACAGCCCAACUACCUCAUGUGAAACUGGCUGUGGACAAUCUUUUUUUAGAUGAGAAAUGUGUUUAGAGAACUUUACUCCAAUUAGUAGAUUGAACAGAACUGUGUCUCUAUAAAGAAGAAGCAUGUUAUACCAGAUGCCAAAGGCUAAACUAUACAUAGAUACCUUGGAUUUGUUUUUAAGUUAGUGUUCAGUUCCAUACUCAAUAGCCUUCCAAAUGUUCCUAGUCUCAUAGAUCCAUGCACUUUGAGUAGCUGUCAAAGUCUUGUUUAACCUGUUCUUGUCCCACUGUAAUUUUGAGAGAAUAUCGUAAUGCCAAUAGGAAACAAGUUGAUCUCCAAAAAUGUCAGAUGGAUGCUUAAUUUAAUGGACUUUUACUUAGAAUAUAAUGUAUUAGAGCCUUUUAGGACCAACUGCUGAAUGAAAAUUCCAUGUGUAAAUUUGUUUGCUUCUCUGUCCAAGUUGUUAUUCUCCAUCUCAUGGGGAAGUCGGGGAGGGUUUUACUUUCUUUGGAAAAUGUUUGAAAACAUGUCAGAUUUUAUAUCCAUUAGUUACAAUAAACAUAUUUUCAGAAUAUUUUA